CCCCCGCGGCGGGGGGCGGGGCGCGGGCCGGGGGUCCCGGGCGCGGCGAGACGGCGGCCCCGAGGGCGCGGCGCGGCACGAUGAGCGGCGGCGAGGUGGUCUGCUCCGGGUGGCUCCGCAAGUCCCCGCCGGAGAAGAAGUUGAAGCGUUAUGCCUGGAAGAGGCGAUGGUUCGUGCUCCGCAGCGGCCGGCUGACCGGGGACCCCGACGUGCUGGAGUAUUACAAGAAUGAUCACGCCAAGAAGCCCAUCCGCAUCAUUGAUCUGAACCUGUGCCAGCAAGUUGACGCGGGAUUGACCUUCAACAAGAAAGAGUUCGAGAACAGCUACAUCUUCGACAUCAACACCAUCGACCGCAUCUUCUACCUGGUGGCCGACAGCGAGGAGGAGAUGAACAAGUGGGUCCGCUGCAUCUGUGACAUCUGCGGGUUCAACCCCACGGAAGAAGAUCCCGUGAAGCCACCGGGCGGCUCCCUGCAGGCACCGGCCGAUUUGCCGCUAGCCGUCAGCACAGCCCCACUGUCCCUGCAGGGGGAUGUCCCCGCGGCCGCCCCGCCUCCCCCCUACCAGCUCAUCAGCUCUCCGCCCCAGCUGGACGCGCUGGGCCUCCAGGAGGACCCUCAAGACUACCUCCUGCUCAUCAACUGCCAGAGCAAGAAGCCCGAACCCGCCAGGACGCACGUGGUGGUCGCAGACUCUGCCAAGGCGGCAGCGGCUCCGGGGGACCCCGACGGACCCGACAAGGCGGCCGCAGCAGUGGUCCCGGGGAAGCAUGCGGCCGUCAACGGCUUCUUCCCGCCAAUGGUGUAUGACUCCCCGCCCUCCCGUGCCGCAUCCGUGUCGGUGGGGGAUGCGGGGCUGUACCACCUGCCGCGGAGCUUCUCGCACGACGUGCUGCCCCGCGGGUCCCCCUCGGCCACGGACCCGGCGGCCCACGAGGGCGACCUGUACGUCUUCAACACGCCGUCGGGCGCGCCCAGCGUGGACGCACACCUGCGGCACCUGUCGCUCAGCUACGACAUCCCCCCGACGCCCGGCAGCACCUACCAGAUACCCCGGACUUUCCCCGACGGCGCCAAGCUGGACCCCAUCCCCGACGUGCCGCCCCCGCGGCCCCCCAAGCCCCACCCGGCCCACGACCGCUGCUCCCCGGCUGACCGCACGGGCCCCUCGGACCUGGAGCCCGGCUACUGCGUCCCACCCUCCGGCCCGCCGCCCUCCAGGGGUGCCGCCACGUCCACGGGGGACCUCCACAAGCUGCGCAAAGAUGCGGGUCCUCAAGACUGCUACGAUAUUCCACGAACAUUUCCAAGUGAUAGAUCCAGCUCACUUGAAGGCUUCCAUAACCACUUUAAAAUCAAAAGUGUGUCGACAGUGGGAAGUGUAUCGAGUGAGGAGCUGGAUGAAAAUUAUGUCCCCAUGAACCCCAACUCUCCGCCAAGACAACAUUCCAGCAGCUUUACAGAACCCCUGCAGGAAGCAAAUUACGUGCCCAUGACUCCGGGGACAUUUGACUUUUCUUCAUUCGGGAUGCAAGUGCCUCCUCCCGCCCAUAUGGGCUUCAGGUCCAGCCCCAAGACCCCUCCCAGAAGGCCCGUUCCCGUGGCAGACUGUGAACCACCCCCCGUGGAUCGGAACCUCAAGCCAGACAGAAAAGCUAAGCCAGCACCCUUAGAAAUAAAACCUUUUCCAGAGUGGGAGGAAUUACAAGCUCCAGUUCGAUCUCCCAUCACGAGGAGUUUUGCUCGAGACUCCUCCAGGUUCCCUCUGUCCCCCCGGCCGGACUCCGUGCACAGCACCACCUCCAGCAGCGACUCGCACGACAGCGAGGAGAACUACGUCCCCAUGAACCCGAACCUGUCCGGUGAGGACGCGAAUCUCUUUGGCAGCAAUGGCCUUGAUGGAGGCAGCAGCCCGAUGAUCAAGCCCAAAGGAGACAAGCAAGUGGAGUACCUGGACCUCGACCUGGACUCUGGGAAGUCCACACCGCCACGAAAGCAAAAGAGCAGUGGUUCCGGCAGCAGUGUGGCCGACGAGAGAGUGGAUUAUGUCGUGGUGGACCAGCAGAAGACAUUGGCCCUGAAGAACACCCGGGAAGCCUGGACUGACGGACGGCAGUCCACAGAAUCAGAGACGCCCACCAAAAGCGUGAAGUGAAAAGGGCCCGGUUCCAUCUGAGUCUGAGCGAGCCCUGGGGUAGGAGACCACCCGGUGUGAUGGCAGAUGGGCCCGCAGGGGCUGCCUCCAACUCCGCUGACCCGCAGGACCUGUCUGACAUCUUCCAACAACUGAGACUGUCCAUGGUGCUUCGUGGUAUCUGAACAGUUCGUCGCGUGUAAAUAACGGGGCGCAGCAUCACGGCGCGCCCAGAGCAGCCUUUGUUUCAUAGCUAACACACUUUGUAGUAUUACUGUAUUCAUGCACUUUUUGUUUGUUUCCACUUCAAACUUCGGUGUAUUCCCAAGUGUCCCUUAACAGCAUUCCUGGGGGAGUUCUCUCUCCUCACACUACUCUCUGUAACAACACAAGGUAACUAAGCUACUUUCAGACCAAGAAUGUGUUCUUUAAACUACCGUCUAACAAUGUUGGGAAGGAGAAGGCCGGGCGCCCCGGAUGGCAGGUUGGCUGUCAUCCUUAGCUGGACGGAGGCACUGCACCAGAGCCACGGGGCUGAGUGGACAAGAUAUCCCGGUGUCAGAACCUCCUUCUCUGGCUCCCGUGCAUUUAGUUUUACAUGGUAGAACUUUGUUAGAGUUUUUAUAAGUGACAGUGUUUUUCACUCAUCAAUGAGUCUGCAGGGUGGGAUUUUUUUUCUUUUUUUGCAUUUUGAAAAAAACAAAAA